AUGAAGGGCACAUUGAUCCUUUCUGGCCUUAUGGCCACUGCUGUUUCGGCUCACAUGCAGCUUAGCAAGCCAUACCCCAUCCGCAGUCCCCUCAACAAGGAUGCCAAGGGCGAGAAAGAUUAUUCUUACACCAACCCUCUCUCCACCUCCGGCAGUGACUACCCAUGCAAAGGAUACGCCAAGGAUGCAUUUGAGGCCGUCGCUACUUGGCAACCAGGCUCCUCCCAAGAGAUGGCUUUGGAAGGCAGUGCCGUCCACGGAGGCGGCUCAUGUCAGCUUGCAUUGACCUAUGAUCAGGGUAAGACCUUCAAGGUCAUUGAGUCAAUUGAGGGUGACUGCCCUAUUGCUAAGAGCUACCAAUUCGAGGUCCCCUCGGACGCACCAAGCGGUAACGCUCUCUUCGCUUGGACCUGGUUCAACAAGGUCGGCAACCGUGAGAUGUACAUGAACUGUGCUAUGGUCACCAUUGGUGGCUCUGGCAACCGCAAUAAUACUGGCGACUCUGAGGACAGUGAGGAAAGACGGGGUCCCAUGCACAGGAUUGAGGAGGAGCCUAACCAGAAAGGGCCUAACGAUGGCCAAGCCGAAAACGCCAAGAGCGCCUUUAGUAGCCUCCCCGACCUCUUCAUUGCCAACGUGAACGGGCCUGGCAAGUGUGUGACCAUCGAGGGCCAGCCCGUGCAUUUCCCCAAUCCUGGCCCCAAGCUCAUUGGCAAGGCCGAGGGUCCUGGCUACAAGUGCUCAGAUCACGCUCCCUUCCUCGAUAGCACCACCAAGUCCGAGAACAAGCCUGCCACCAGCAAGAACUCGGAGAAGAAGCCCGCGACCACCAACACCAAGUCCGAGAACAAGCCCGAGAACAAGCCCGAGAACAAGCCGACUACCACCCUCACCAAGGCCAUCUCCAAGAUUGCCCAGGCCUUUAGCACUGCCGCCGCCGACGCUGACACUCGUCAGGUCUCCACCGAGGAUGUAUCCAGCAACCAGUUCAGGGACACCGUUGGCGGAUGGUCUUGCCACUCUGGUGAAAUCAUCUGCUCCCCCGAUGGACUGUCCUUUGCCAAGUGCACUAACGGCAGACCCAUCUUCAUGGGCUCCGUCGCUGCUGGCACUCUUUGCCGCUGGGGCGGUAUUGUUGCUAUCCAUUAA